CGCCUUGGCCGCUAGCUCGCCGGAGUCCACGGCGUCGUCUUCGCCGUUCGUCCCCUUGCUUCACGCGCGCACCAAUUAAGAAAAAGGAAAAAAAAGUAUUAGGCGGUGGCGGUGAGGGUCCUAGCUCCUCCACUCAGACACUCACUCAGCCAAGCGCUGAACUGAAGUGAAGCAGCAGGGCGAGCGAGGAGAGGAAAGGCCAUGGCGGCCAUGGGACUCCCCGAGCUGGCUCUGCGGCUGUGCGCGGUGCCGCUAGCCGUGGCCUCGCUCUGGGAGAUGGCCACCAACCGGCAGGCCGACGACACCUACGGGGAGGUCAGCUUCUCCGACCUCUCCGGCUUCACCUAUUUGGUUGGCAUCAACGCCGUCACGGCUACCUACGCGGUGGCCUCCAUCUUGCUGUCGCCCUUCAAGUCCUUCCCGCGGCAUGACUGGCUGAUUCUCGUCCUGGAUCAGGCGUCGGCGUACCUGCUGGUGACGUCGGCCGCGGCGGCGGCGGAGGUGCUGCAGCUGGCUCGCCGCGGCGACCGGGACGUGUCGUGGGGCGAGGCGUGCUCCUACUUCGGCCGGUUCUGCGGCAGGGCCACCGUGUCCCUCGCGCUGCACGCCGCCGCGCUCGCCUGCUUCGUCGCGCUCUCCCUCGCCUCCGCCUACCGGGUCUUCAGCAAGUGCCAUCCCCCAGGCGUCGUCUCCGCCGCCGACGGCUCCGAGUUUGAGCCCAAGCACGCGCCGGAGCAAGGGAAGUAGCUAGGCAGGCUGGUGGUGUUGAUGAUGCUGAUGAUUUGAUUGCCUGAGGCACUGCUGGAUGCAGCAAUCUGUGCUGUGCUGUUCUACUGAAGCAAUCGAUAGAGUAUGAGAGUCAGUAAUACUAUACAAGUCAUUGUCUAUGCUGCUGCUUUGCAAUAAGCCAAUAACCUGAAGAUGCGAUGGACUGAUUGGCCAUGCAUGUCGCUCGAUUCUUAUGCAGAUAAAAGUAACAUGGAAGAAAAUAGCUGAUGACA